AGGAAACAGCUUGCCCCGCCUCCUGGCCCCUGGCUCACUUCCGCUUCUGCGCACUGCGGCUCGGGCCAACCGAGCGCUCUGGAGAACAUGGCCGCUUCCCGCUUACCCCCAGGGACGCUAACGCUGAAGCAGUUCAUGAGAAGGCAACAAGUUCUCCUUCUCUACAGAAGAAUUUUGCAAGCAAUUAGGCAAGUUCCGAAUGAUUCUGAUCGCAAAUACCUGCAAGACUGGGCAAGGGAAGAAUUCAAAAGAAACAAAAGUGCCACCGAAGAGGAUACAAUCCGGAUGAUGAUUACUCAAGGCAACAUACAGCUGAAGGAGUUAGAAAAAACACUUGCCUUUGCAAACUCAUAACUACAUCAUUAUUCUGAAAGAUUUUUAGUCUCCAUGUGUUUUGUUGAGCUCAGGCUCACUGAUGGGCAGCCUAAAGCCAAGCCAGUCUGUAUGUACAUUACUUGGGCAAAAUAACAGAACAUGGAGCAUGGCAUGUCGGACAGCAAAGAAAAGAGUAUCAAAAUAAUUGCCAUAGCACUGAAAAAUUUACCUUAAUAGCAUUUUGAAUCUAUUUCUGGAUGUGCCAGCAGUUUAAGAAGCAAAAACCAGUACAAGAAAUGGUCAGUUAUCACAUGAAAAGAUGCUCAACACUGUUAACCAUCAGGGAAAUAUAAAACAAUGAUACUCGUAUCCUUCACAUCCACAUAAUUAAGAAGGGAGAUAAUAACAAAUGUUGGUGGAGAUGUAGAGAAAUUAGAACCCUCACCCAUUUGCUGGUGGAAAUAUAAAAUGGUGCAGCCCCUUGGGAAAACAAGACUGCUGGUUGCUCAGAAGGUUAAACAUAGUUACCAUAUGAUUUAGCAGUUCUGCUCCUAGGUUUAUAAACGAGAACUGAAAAGUAUGUCUACAAAAACUUGAAUGCUAAUGUUCAUAGUAUUAUUCUUAAUAGCCAAAAAGUAGGAACAACCCAAAUGCCCACCGCCUGAUGAAUGGUUAAAUAAAAUGUGAUAUAUCCACACAGGAUUAUUUAGCAAAAAAGAGCGAAAUGCUGAUCCAUGAUAGACAUGCAUGGACCUGGAGCCCAGUCGCAAAAGAUCACACGUUGUAUGACUGUGUUUAUGUGAAACAUUUAUAGAAUAAACAGAUGAGUGGUUGCCUCGGACUGUGGAUGGCAUGGAGAGUAUUUAAUUGCCAGUGGACAAGGGGUUUCUUUUCUGAGUGAUGAAAAUAUUCUAAAGUUAGAUUAUGGUGUUGGCUGCACAACUCGGUGAAUAUACUGAAAUCCGUUGAGUCACACAUUUUACUUGUAUGGUAUGUGAAUUUUAUCUCAACAAAGCUGGUUUUUUCCUCUGAGACAACUGACAUAAAACAUCGUCUAAUCAAUAAAGCUGUUUUAAAAAGC